ACCGCUCGGUAUUAUGAUUAGCGCUGGGUGCGGGGAUUCGGCGGCCAGGAGGGAGUCGUCGGCGCCGCGGCGGUUGCGGACGGACGCCCGCCUGCCGGCUGAGAGUCUCCUGAGGUUCUGCUUUGGCACCUCCAGCAUUUGGCCUCUACUCAGGAGAACGAAGCAACCAAGAAAACACAGUAAUAAGGAUUAUUCAGUAUGCAGUUUGCAGGAUGUCCAUGGUGACAUUGAAAAUGAAUUCCUUAUUUUCACCAGAUAUUCUUAUAUGAGAAGAUCCGUUUCAAACAGUCUAAAUAUUUUUUCUUCUGUUGGACCAGCAUGGCAGGAUUCAAGCGAGGGUGAAAAAGUGGCAGUAAAAGUUAUUGACAAGACAAAAUUGGACACUCUAGCCACUGGUCAUCUUUUCCAAGAAGUGAGAUGCAUGAAACUAGUGCAGCAUCCCAACAUCGUACGCCUUUAUGAAGUUAUUGACACCCAGACCAAACUAUAUCUUAUUCUAGAACUUGGGGAUGGAGGAGAUAUGUUCGAUUACAUAAUGAAACAUGAGGAAGGACUUAAUGAAGACUUGGCCAAGAAGUACUUUGCUCAGAUAGUUCAUGCUAUAUCUUAUUGCCAUAAACUCCAUGUGGUUCACAGAGACUUAAAACCAGAGAAUGUGGUCUUCUUUGAAAAACAAGGUCUUGUAAAGUUGACAGACUUUGGUUUCAGCAACAAAUUUCAACCAGGGAAGAAGCUCACUACAAGCUGUGGAUCUCUUGCAUAUUCUGCUCCAGAAAUUCUGCUUGGUGAUGAGUAUGAUGCGCCCGCAGUAGAUAUAUGGAGUCUGGGAGUGAUCCUUUUCAUGUUGGUGUGUGGGCAGCCACCCUUUCAAGAGGCCAACGACAGUGAAACAUUGACAAUGAUCAUGGAUUGCAAAUAUACAGUACCAUCCCAUGUGUCUAAAGAGUGUAAAGACCUGAUUACACGGAUGCUACAGAGAGAUCCCAAGAGAAGGGCCUCUUUAGAAGAGAUUGAAAACCAUCCUUGGCUUCAGGGAGUGGACCCUUCACCAGCCACAAAGUAUAACAUCCCCCUUGUGUCAUAUAAAAACCUCUCGGAAGAGGAGCACAACAGCAUCAUUCAGCGCAUGGUGCUCGGGGACAUAGCGGAUCGAGACGCCAUUGUAGAAGCCCUGGAAACCAACAGGUAUAACCACAUCACAGCCACUUACUUCUUGCUUGCUGAAAGGAUCCUGAGGGAAAAGCAAGAGAAGGAAAUACAGACCAGAUCUGCAAGCCCUAGCAAUAUCAAGGCCCAGUUUAGGCAGUCAUGGCCAACCAAAAUUGAUGUACCCCAGGACCUUGAGGAUGACCUCACGGCCACUCCUUUGUCCCAUGCAACUGUCCCUCAGUCUCCAGCUCGGGCUGCCGACAGUGUCCUCAAUGGCCACAGGAGCAAAGGCCUGUGUGACUCGGCUAAGAAAGACGACCUCCCUGAGUUGGCUGGACCAGCACUCUCCACGAUGCCCCCCGCAAGCUUGAAACCCACAGCCAGUGGGCGGAAGUGUCUGUUCCGGGUGGAAGAAGAUGAAGAGGAAGAUGAGGAGGACAAGAAACCCAUGUCCCUGUCAACACAAGUGGUUUUGCGCCGGAAGCCGUCUGUGACCAACCGCCUGACAUCGAGAAAGAGUGCUCCUGUCCUCAACCAGAUCUUUGAGGAAGGGGAAUCUGAUGACGAGUUUGACAUGGAUGAGAACCUGCCUCCCAAACUGAGCAGGUUAAAGAUGAACAUUGCUUCCCCGGGCACAGUUCACAAACGCUACCACCGGAGGAAAAGUCAGGGCCGGGGCUCCAGCUGCAGUAGCUCGGAGACCAGUGAUGACGACUCUGAAAGCCGACGGCGGCUUGAUAAAGAUAGCGGGUUCACCUACUCCUGGCAUCGCCGGGAUAGCAGCGAGGGGCCCCCUGGCAGUGAGGGGGAUGGUGGGGGCCAGAGCAAGCCGAGCAAUGGCAGCGGAGGGGUGGACAAGGCCAGCCCCAGUGAGAACAAUGCCGGCGGGGGCAGCCCUGCCAGCGGCUCUGGCGGCAACCCCACCAACACGUCGGGCACCACACGCCGCUGCGCCGGCCCCGGCAACUCCAUGCAGCUGGCCUCGCGCAGUGCCGGGGAGCUCGUGGAGAGCCUCAAACUCAUGAGCCUCUGUCUUGGCUCCCAGCUGCAUGGGAGCACCAGGUACAUUAUUGAUCCACAGAAUGGCUUGUCGUUUUCCAGUGUGAAAGUCCAGGAGAAAUCCACGUGGAAAAUGUGCAUCACCUCCAUGGGGAAUGCGGGGCAGGCCCCUGCAGUGGGCAGCAUAAAGUUUUUCUCUGACCACGUGGCAGACACCACCACUGAAUUAGAACGGAUAAAGAGCAAGAACCUGAAAAAUAAUGUGCUACAGCUACCUCUGUGUGAAAAGACCAUCUCUGUGAACAUCCAGCGGAACCCUAAGGAGGGUCUGCUGUGCGCCUCCAGCCAGGCCAGCUGCUGCCACGUCAUUUGACUGUGGGCCCAGCCUGGCCGCUGGCAGCUUCCUGCUCAGAGCAGUGAAGACCGGCUCACUUCACUGUUCCCUUUUCGGUUUUACUAUUUUAAAGCGGGCAAUUAUUUAUUACUUUUUCAUUUGUUCGCCUGACGAUGUGACAAUGCAUGGUCUUUGUGCAUGCUGCUAGACACUUCUUUUCCAGCCGAAAAGUCUAUUGUGUAAUUUUUACAUUUAUAAUUUUAAUGUGGAUGAUCAGGAUUAAAUUAAAGUGUAUAUUUGGAACCUGAUAUAAAUGGAGCACUUAGAAAUUUGAUGUUCUGCACUUAAACUAGAGAGAGAGAAAAAAAUGUUUUUGUUUCCUUGUAAGAACCUAAAUUCCUGUCCUGACCUUCUGUGAAACGGAAACUCCGUGCUCUGAGGCACACUCUGGUGUCUGAGACGGAACCAAAGCAAUAACGUUGCGAUGUCGACAAGCCUGGAGCCCGCGAGUGUGCGCCCCACCUUCCGAGGCCUGUGCAGAGCCGAUUACAGCGAGCGUCUGCACUGAGAACCUUAAAACCAUGAGCUCAGUGUCCCCACACCUGUGUGUCUUAAGCUAUCGUGUGAAAAAAAGUUUGGCCUCUUAAAAUUGAACUGAAAAAGAUUUUCUUAUUUUGUAAUAGGUGAGAUAAAGUACUUAGAUGUAUAAGGCAGCUUCCCCUGUAGUGGUCAGUUACAAGCAGACAAUCUUAACUGUGUAAUGUGAUGAAGUGAACUGAUGAUGUCUUAGCUCUACUUAGGGAGUGUGUGUCUGUCUAACAGACACAGAGAUGCUUGGUGUAAACUCCUUCCUGUAGGGCACACCCCAGGUUUCCUUUAAAACCAUGUAGACAGAAGAAACUACAGGGCCUAAUAUGGAAGCACAGGUGCAGAGAGGUUGGCAAAGUCAAAGUCGCAUGAAUUUAAAAAAAAGAAAAAUGGGACUUGAUUUUUAGGAGUUUGGUAAUUAGGUUGUCUUUUUUGUUAUUUCCAUUCUUUUACAUUCUUUAAGUCAGUUGUGAAAAUUGGCUGAUGAAAAAUUACACCUAAAAGGGUAAAAUUUACACAUACAGCAAACAAAAAUGCACAAAGCCUGCUUUGUUUUUGUUUUGUUUUUGCUGGAAGUGGUUUUCCCUUUGCCUUCCUGCCAAAACAAUAAUCAAAGAACUCUUGCUUUAAACUGUUCCUGUACAAAGACUACUUUUGACCAGAUAAUCAUCUUUUGUGGCUUUUUAUCUUAUAGGAGAUAGUAUAUUGCAGAUUGCUAAUUUUGGAAGGGGCUGGAUGCUACUUUUUCAUGCUGUGUCCUAGGGGUCUUAAAAGCAGUGCUUAGCAACAUUGGUGAUAGGAUGUGGCUCCGCCCCAGGGCCUUCCCACGCUCAGCAGUCUCCCGUCAUCUGACGGUCACCUAGUCUGUAGAGUGGGCAGAGCACCAAAGGAUGGCAUUCCAUUGGUCACAGUUUCUCCAAGUACACACUGGCUCUGCUACGCUAGGAUUCAUAUAUUUUACUCAGAACUCUGAAUUUCACAGUAUACUUACUAAACUAAGUAAAGAUGAAACUUAAAAUACUUAUUUUACUUUCUAGAUCUAGGCUAGAUAUGUUUUAUGCUACAGCUCUAGUUCAUUGUGAUAUUUAUAAUUGAAAGCUACAAGAAUAGAUGUGUGGGUGAAGCCAUAGAACAUAUUUGCUUGAAAUUCUUGAGCAGGGAUCUUAUAAAGGGCCAGAAAUAAGAUGUGUGGUUCACAUAGAGAGUGAGCAGAACAUCUGUAUUAAACGUAGGAGAGAAGUUGAUGAAGGGCAUUGGCAAUAAACUCUUUGUUGCAGCUGUUUUCCAAGUAAUGUAAAUACUUUUUCUUGUGAUUAUGUAUAGCCUUGGAAUGGCACCUUUUAACUAACCCAUAUGUGUUUGGUUUCCAAUGGUUUUUUAUAUUCAGAUGUAUAUAUGGUGCUCACUUUAGGAUCAGCAGUGUUGACCAUUUAUGCUGCAUAGCUGUAUUAUAGCCUUAUUAGUUGUGUGUGGUUGGUUGACCCUCUGGGUCUACAAAUGUUAGUCUGAGUGGCGUCUUACGUAUUUGUUCAUAAGUGAAUGAUUGUGCAUGUGUUGUAUGUCAUAGUAUGUCGUCACAUAAAAGGGAGGGAGCGAAUAACCAUUACAUUAAUAUUGGACCAAACUACUUACUUGUUCUAAAUGGUUUCUUGUACCCCUUAACCUGUCUUCAGAAGUUGCUUAGAGUUAUAGUGUGUAAAUUAAAUAUUGUGGAAAAACAAUUAGUCUUGUAUUUGUGUGUGUGUGUAUCUAUAUGUCUGUAUAUAUAUAUAUAAAAAUAUAAAGUUAUGUACUUCUGGCAGUUCUAUCUGUAUUUAAAGAUGUGACAAUCUUAACACUGAUUUUAGGAAUAGCUGUGAGACUAAAUCAAAGAUAUCCCUACCAAGUAAGAAUUAAUAUGUUUUAAGAGGGUACAGAAUUAUCAGCUGAUUUGGUCAGUUGCUUCCAUUGCUGGUUGAUUUUCCUCAUUGUAUAAACAUUGACAGGUAUGUGACAAAUGGGAAAAAAAUGCAAAUAAUAAAGUGGCAUAUUGGUGUUCAGCAAUACAAA